CGGCCCCAGUCUCUCCGGUUCGCGCACCUCCUUCUCCCCGCCGGGCCGGCUGGGGGCGGGGUCGGGGCUGGAGCCAGAGCCGCGGGAGGUGGAGCCGGGCCCGGAAGCCGGGGAGCCGCGGCCAUGGCGGCUCCUGCUGGCGGCUUCGGUCUGCUCCGCGGCCGACUCGGCCGGGUGCCGGCGCUGGGUAGGGGCGCCGCUCCGCCGGUGAAGCCGCCGGGGGAGACCGGGCGCGCGAGCCGGGGCUUUCGGAGCAGCCGCGUGAGACAUGAAGCCAUUAUUAUCUCAGGAACCAAAAUGGCCAAACAAAUCCAGAAAGAAAUUCAGCUAGGUGUGGCGUCCUGGAUUUCCCUUGGGAACAGAAGACCUCACCUCAGCAUCAUUUUAGUGGGAGACAACCCAGCCAGCCACACCUACGUCAGGAAUAAGAUAAGAGCUGCCUCUGCUGUAGGUAUCUGUAGUGAGCUUAUUCUAAAGCCUAAGGAGGUUUCUCAGGAAGAACUUUUGGAUAUAACUGAUCAAUUGAACAUGGACCCAAGAGUCAGUGGUGUAUUAGUUCAGUUACCACUGCCAGGCCACGUGGAUGAACGAACAAUCUGCAAUGGGAUUGCCCCGGAAAAAGACGUAGAUGGAUACCACAUCAUCAACAUCGGCAGACUGUGCCUUGACCAGCACUCCCUCAUCCCCGCCACCGCCAGCGCUGUGUGGGAAAUGAUAAAGAGGACAGGAAUUGAAACAUUUGGGAAGAAUGUGGUUGUGGCCGGGAGAUCCAAGAACGUGGGGAUGCCCAUAGCCAUGCUGUUACAUACCGACGGGGGACACGAGCGGCCGGGAGGUGAUGCAACUGUGACCAUAACUCACAGAUAUACUCCCAAGGAACAACUGAAGAUCCACACCCAGCUGGCAGAUAUCAUCAUUGUUGCUGCAGGUAUUCCAAAGUUGAUUACAUCUGAUAUGGUUAAAGAAGGUGCUGCUGUAAUCGAUGUGGGCAUCAACUAUGUCCAUGACCCAGUGACAGGAAAGACAAAAUUAGUUGGAGAUGUGGACUUUGAAGCUGUUAAGAAGAAAGCCGGCUUUAUCACCCCUGUUCCCGGAGGCGUGGGACCCAUGACGGUGGCAAUGCUUCUGAAGAACACUCUUCUGGCAGCUAAAAAACGAAUUUACUAGAUCACAUGGUAGAGUAAAGCGAACUGAAGUCAUGCGUUCAUUUACUUGACAAAGGGUAGAACCUUUAUAUUUUACUACAAAGCUAUUUAUUUCUGCUUUGCAUUUAUUUUUUCAUGGAUGGAGUCCUCCUGGCUCAGAUGACUCAGAUAAUUUUAUGCAUUUCCUGCUAACUUAUUUUGAGUUUUAGGAAACAACAAAAUUCCAAUGAGAAUGGUGGUAAUAAUUGUUUACUUUUAGGAUAAGUGUUCAUCAUGUAACAAAGGGCUCAUAAUAAAUAUAUUUUUGACACAAGUGUCACAGUAUGUUUCCAACAAAUCUUUUGUCAGCCAAAUGGGCACUCAUGUAACUUGUAAUUUAUGGUUUGCCAUCGUAUGCUCAAAUUUUUAAUAUAUUAAGAUCUAUGUCAUAAGCUGAGAGCUUAUUUGCUAGAAGUGAGACAGAAUAUUGAAAAUAAGAUCUUGAUCUCAGAUGUCUACCAGAUGCAUCCCACAAGACCAUCCUAAUGAGAAAUGAUGUUCUAUUUAGGGAGGUAAAAACAUUCCAGGAAGGUAAAAUGCCAGGCUACCUGGAAAAGUAAUGAUGAACGUCUGCCAGAGUGAAAACGCAUAAUGUGUUAGAUGCACAUUUCAUUUCUUCUGUCUUCUAAAAAAUAUUUGGACAGUACCUUUACUGAGCAGAAACGGAAAAAUCCAAAAGUAAAUAAAUAUACAGAACAGAAAUGAAAUUGUAUUUUCCCACAACUAUCAGACGGACAUGAGUGAGGUCAUCAUUAAUAUGAAAUCAGUAGAUAAACAGCUACACACCCCAGGGGACAAAAAUUCAAGUGAGGGAGGAGAAGCAGUGGUGGUGGGGGACGGGGAUUAGUGAGCUGUCCCCUAAGGGGCACAUAUCAGGGUAUACAGCACACCCUUUGGGUGAAGGGCUCGACUAUAACUUGAACUU